AUGAUGAACCCAGAUUCGCAAACGGUAGAGUUAGACCGGGAGUUCCUCGAUACUGUCAUUGUCCAUGGCCGUGAAUACCAGAAAUACUCGAUUGAGCACCGCACCUAUUUCGGCCCAGUCGAUGAGGAGGAGGCGCAGCGUCUUGACCAUCAACAACGAGUUUUCCAGAGGAUUUUCGAUGACCGACUUAUAUUUCCACCCAUUCAUCGGCUGCGAAGGGUACUAGACUGUGGCCACGGGGCUGCAUCAUGGGCAAUCGAAGUUGCUGAGCAGCAUCCGAAUUGCGAGGUCAUUGGCGUAGAUAUUGCCCCGCACAUGAGCCCAGACGAUGUGCCAAAUAAUUUGUGGCUCCAGGUCGACGACUUGAACCGACGGUUCACAUUUCCUACCAACCACUUCGACCUCGUUCAUUCUCGACUCCUUGCGUCCGGUAUUAACCGUUCUCGAUGGCCAUCAUACAUCCGCGAUAUCGUCAGGGUGCUGAGGCCGGGAGGUUGGGUCCAGAUGACUGAAAUAUACUUCAACGUGCAAUCCGACAAUGGUUCCAUCACCGAUCAACAUGCUUUGCGACGAUGGAGCACACAGUACAUGCGUGCACUGGAGGACCGGAAAGAUCUUCGAAUUGGAUCCAGACUGCGGAACUUUUUUAUAGAAGAGGGAUUGGUGGAGGUCGACACUAAGAUGAUCCCCUUGCCUCUGUCGGCAUGGUCGAACGAUCCAAGAACGCGGGACAUCGGCCGAUAUAAUAGCGAAAACAUCCAACAGCUUCUGCGAUCACUUGCGUUGUACCCGCUCACCCAGCGUCUGCAUAUGUCACCACAGAGUUUUGACAGAUUGGUAGAGCAAGCGCAGGAAGAGGCCAGGAAUCACUCGUUGAAGGCAUACUUUCCACUAUACAUUUGCAUUGGGCGUAAGCCAAGAUGA